UGGUCUUUAUCUUUCGUCUCUCUUACAGCUGCGUCCACUGCAACGUGGUGUACUCAGAUGUGGCGGCGCUCAAGUCUCACAUUCAAGGGUCUCACUGUGAAGUGUUCUACAAAUGCCCCAUCUGUCCAAUGGCAUUCAAGUCGGCACCCAGCACGCAUUCCCACGCCUAUACGCAACACCCCGGCAUCAAGAUAGGGGAGCCGAAAAUAAUAUACAAAUGUUCCAUGUGUGACACAGUGUUUACUCUGCAACCUUUGCUGUAUCGCCACUUCGACCAACACAUUGAGAACCAGAAGGUCUCGGUCUUCAAGUGUCCAGACUGUUCUCUCUUGUAUGCACAGAAGCAACUGAUGAUGGAUCAUAUCAAGUCUAUGCACGGGACACUGAAGAGUGUCGAGGGCCCCCCAAACCUGGGCAUCAGCCUGCCGCUGAGCACAAAGCCCACCACUCAGAACUCGGUGGGCCAAAACAAAGAGGACUCCAAGGCCAUGAAUGGGAUGGAAAAGGCAGAGAAGAAAUCCCCCUCCCCUGUAAAGAAAGCAGAGCCCCAAAAAGUACCCAAUCCCGGCUGGACGUGCUGGGAAUGCGACCGGCUGUUUACACAGAGAGAUGUUUACAUAUCCCACAUGAGGAAGGAGCAUGGAAAGCAAAUGAAGAAACAUCCUUGCCGGCAGUGUGACAAAUCUUUCAGUUCCUCCCACAGUCUCUGCCGCCACAAUCGUAUCAAGCACAAAGGCAUUAGGAAAGUAUAUACCUGCUCGCACUGCCCAGAUUCAAGGCGUACUUUCACCAAGCGACUGAUGCUAGAAAAACACAUUCAGCUGAUGCACGGCAUUAAGGAGCCCGAUGUGAAAGAGAUGACGGAAUCAACCAACAGAGGACAAAGUGAAGUCAAGGAAGAUACCAAGGUUCCCAGUCCGAAGCGUAAAUUGGAGGAGCCCGUGCUGGAAUUCAGGCCCCCUAGAGGAGCGAUCACUCAGCCACUGAAGAAGUUGAAGAUCAACGUUUUCAAAGUCCACAAGUGUGCAGUGUGCGGCUUCACGACAGAGAACCUCCUCCAGUUCCACGAACAUAUCCCCCAGCAUAAAUCUGAUGGCUCUUCCUACCAGUGCCGGGAGUGCGGUCUCUGCUACACCUCCCACGUCUCCCUUUCCAGGCACCUCUUCAUUGUGCAUAAGCUGAAGGAGCCACAGCCCGUCUCCAAACAGAACGGGUCCGGGGAAGACAACCAACAGGAGAACAAGCCCAGCCGCGAGGAGGAGGCAUCCGACAACGCCGUGUCUGACCGGAAGUGCAAAGUGUGCUCAAAGACCUUUGAAAUGGAAGCUGCCUUAAACACUCACAUGCGGACCCAUGGGAUGGCCUUCAUUAAAUCAAAACGAAUGAGUUCGGCCGAAAAAUGA